CCCCCGCCCCGCCCGCAGCCCUUUGUCCAGCCUAGGAGCCAUGGCCGGGGCCGGGGGCCCAGCGCGGCGGCUGCUCCGGCCCCGCCGGCAGCGGGGCGGUGAGGAGGCACCGGGAGAGCAUCUCGCCUGUGAGCGAAAAGCUGAGGAGGAGCGGCAAAGUGCAGAGCUGCUGAAACAGACGGAAGCCGAGAGGCAGAAGAUCGUUGCGGAGUGGAAGGAGCUGCGAGGGUUUCUGGAGGAGCAGGAGCAGCUCCUGCUGUCCCAGCUGGAAGAGCUAGCCAGAGCCAUCGUCAGGAGACGGGACAAGGGCGUCUCCAGACCGUCCGGGGAGAUUUCCCUGCUCGGAGAGGAGGGGCAGCAGCAGCCAGGGAGCCAAUCCCCACAGGGUGCUGGAUGCACUGAGAGCAGCAGGGAGGACGGGCCGUUUCAGAAGCCAGAGCCAGGGUUUGCGGAGCUGGAGAAGAGACUCAGCGAUUUCUCUCUGAAAAGUGCCAUCCUGCAGGAGGUGCUGCUGGGAUUCAAAGAGACUCUGCGACUGGAGCUGGAGAACAACACAGCAGGUGAUGGGGCAGUGAGUGAGAACGAGGAGGCGAAUCCACAGCAGGGAGAUACUCAGCAUGUGGAACCACCCGGGAUGUUAUCAGAAAGAUCUGAAAAGAAUAUUCACUGGAAUCGUGAGCAGAGAAAAGGUCAUGAGAGUCCGCUCUGGCCAGAGAAGCAGCAGGGAAAUCAGCCAGGGGAUGGUCGGGGAAGUAGCCAGGACCUCCAGGAAACCACAGCCCAGCAGAGAAUCCCCCCAGGAGUGAGAAAAAACACCUGCACGGAGUGUGGGAAAACCUUCAGUAGCUGCUCAGCUCUUAUUACACAUCAGAGUAUCCACAUGGGCAAGACACCCUAUAGAUGCUGCGAGUGCGGGAAAAGCUUCAAUCGGAACUCGCACCUUAGUAGACAUCGGAGACUCCACACAGGACAGAGACCCUUUAAAUGCUCCGAGUGCGGGAAAAGUUUCAGUGUGAGCUCAAACCUUAUUGCACAUCAGACAAUCCACACAGGAACCAGACCCUUUACCUGUUCUGAGUGCGGGAAAAGCUUCAAUCGGAACUCAAACCUUAUUACACAUUUUAGAAUCCACACGGGCAGUAGACCUUUCACAUGUGCUGACUGUGGGAAAAGCUUCACUGACAGCUCAAACCUUACUCAGCAUCAGAGAACGCAUGUGGGGGAGAGACCCUAUAGAUGUUCAGAGUGCGGGAAAAGCUUCACUCGGAGCUCCGACCUUAUUAGACAUGAAACAAUCCACACAGGAGACAGACCCUUUAAAUGCUCAGCGUGUGGGAAAAGUUUCAAUCAGAACUCACACCUUAUUACGCAUCAGAGGAUCCACAAGGGAGAAAUCCCCACAGGCGAGAGAAACAACACGUGCACGGAGUGUGGGAAAACCUUCAGUAGCCGUUCAAGCCUUAUUACACAUCAGCGGAUCCACACAGGAGAGCGACCCUAUAACUGCUGUGAGUGUGGGAAAAACUUCAGUCGGAGCUCAACCCUUAUUAUACAUCAGAGAAUCCACACAGGAGAGAGACCUUAUGGAUGUGGUGAGUGUGGCAAAACCUUCAGUCAGCGGUCACAUCUUAUUACGCAUCAGAGAAUCCACACAGACGACAGGCCCUAUGAAUGCUGUGAGUGUGCAAAAAACUUCAGUAUGAUCUCACACCUUAUUAGACAUCAGAGGAUCCACACAGGAGAGAGGCCCUAUGAGUGCUGUGAGUGCAGGAAAACCUUCAGUUACCGAUCAGGCCUUAUUACACAUCGGCGAAUCCAUACAGGAGAGAGGCCCUAUGGAUGCUGUGAGUGCGGGAAAACCUUCAGUCAGAGCUCACACCUUAUUACACAUCAGAGAAUCCACACAGAAGACAGGCCCUAUGAGUGCUGUCAGUGCAGGAAAACCUUCACUCGACACGCACAUCUUAUUAGACAUCAGCAGAUCCACACAGGAGAGAGACCCUAUGAAUGCUGUGAAUGCAGGAAGAACUUCACUCGGAGCUCACAUCUUAUUACACAUCAGAGGAUCCAUACAGGAGAAAGACCCUAUAGAUGCUCCGACUGUGGGAAAAGCUUCCAUCAGAGCUCAGCUCUUAUUUAUCAUCAGAGAAUCCACAAGGUCAGCUCCCAGACUGCUGCACUGGGCAUCACAGUAUGGGGAGAAGGUGACCAGCCUUCUGUGGUGAAAGAAGUGGUUCGGGACUAUUUAGAAAAACUGGACGAGCACAAGUCCAUGGGGCCGGAUACGCUGCGUCCCAGGGAGCUAAAGAAGUUGGCGGAUGUGAUUGCAGAGCCAUUGGCCAUUAUCUUUGAAAACUCAUGGCGAUCGUGGGAGGUCCUGGAUGACUGGAAAAAGGCUAAUGUAGUGCCCAUCUUUAAAAAAGGGGAGGAAUACCGAACCCCCCACUCAUAG